AUGCGGUUAUUCAACAGAAGAAAUCGAGAUGAUGGGGUUGUGGGAGAGGACGAUGUGCAUAAGGCUACAAGAACAGCAUUAGUCCGACGAUUAGAUCUUUUCUUGAUGACCUAUGUGUGUGUAUCUUACUGUAUGAAAUAUAUUGAUCAACAGGCGCACAGUAACGCCUAUGUCUCGGGUAUGAAAGAAGAGCUCCAUUUCAAAGGGAAUGAAUACAACUGGGUUGGAACCUUCUUCUCGAUCGGGUAUACAAUUGGUACUAUUCCGAGCCAAUUCCUCACUGCCAGGUUCCGUCCUAGUGUAAUCGUACCCAUCUUUGAAAUCUCUUGGAGUAUUCUUAUCGCUAUCAAUGCCGCUGCCAAAAAUGUAAAGUUGAUCUUCGCGAUGAGAUUUCUUAUCGGUCUAUUUGAGUCCAUUGCAUAUCCUGGAUUUGUGAGCGUUUUGGCUUCCUGGUAUACUCCUGCGGAACUCGCCAAGCGAGUAGCAUUCCUGCAAGCAUCCAGUGCGGCUGGCUCGAUGUUCUCUGGGUAUCUCCAAGCGGCCAUCUAUCGCGGCUUGAACGGGAAACAUGGCCUGAGCGGAUGGCGUUGGUUAUUUAUUAUUGAUAUGCUUAUAUCCCUUCCCAUUGCCUGUGCUGGAUUCUGGCUUAUUCCCGACACCCCCAAGACCUCUCGUGCUAUCUGGCUCAAACCUCAUCACCUAGAAGAAGCAGAGGAGAGGAUGAAGGAGAUCGGUAGAGCACCAAAGGGAAAACUCACUUUGGCCAAAGUCAUUGCCGUUUUCAAAGAGUACCCCGCGUGGAUCAUCAUGUUUUGCUACCCACCCUGUAUCGUAGCUGGCCAAGCCAUCUCUUACUUCAACCUGUAUCUGAAGAGUAACCCAUCAGGGCACAAGUUCUCGGUUUAUCAGGUCAACUUGAUCCCUACCGGUGGACAAGCUCUUCAAAUUUUCGCAACGAUCGGAUCGGCCGCUCUGAGUGAUUACUUCGGAGCUAGACUCGCGAUGAUCUGGGUCGUCGCGGGAAUUGGAAUGCUGGGUCACAUAUUGUUGUCGAUCUGGGAUAUUGGAUUCAACGGGCAGUUCGCAGGUUAUAUGCUCAUCUACUGCGCUGUCGGGUCGGGUGCUUUGCUCUUAACCUGGUUCUCUGAGCUCUGCAGCGCCGACGCCGAAGUCAGAACUCUGGUCAUCGGUCUCGCCAAUGGUAUAGGGUACGCCUGGAUAUCCGGAUUCCCAUUCAUCAUGUACCCAGCAUCGCAGGCACCUCAUUACAAAUACGGAUAUCAAAUGGGAGCAGGGUUUUACGCUAUAGCAAUCACUGGUUGCACCAUUAUCGCUGUCUUGGUCAGACGCUACGGUCUUCCAUACCAGAACGUGCCCAAGUCUCUCGUCGAGACCAAAUCGGAGAGCAGUAUCGAAGAAGGUCAUGAGGUCGAGGGUGAGAAGAUUGACACGGAUGGUGAUGUUGCGUUUGACAGAAUGUCAGCUCAUCAGACGAGAUAG